AUGAGCGAUCGGGGCCCGGGCAGCCGGCAGCGGACGCGCCCCCCGAGCCCACCGGCCCGCGCCCCGCGCGGCCCACGGCCCCGCGGCCCCGGUCCCGGCCGCACGGCCCGCGUCCCCCGAGCCCGCGCCCGAGCCCUGCGGGCCAUGCCCGGCCGGCCCUGAGCGCGGGCCGGGGGGCGUCCCCUUGCGCCCGGGCCCCGCGCUGGCGCCCCCCGGGCCGCCGCCCGGUGCGGGGGCCAUGGCGUUCACCUUCGCCGCGUUCUGCUACAUGCUCACCCUGGUGCUGUGCGCCUCCCUCAUCUUCUUUGUCAUCUGGCACAUCAUAGCCUUUGACGAGCUGCGGACGGACUUCAAGAACCCCAUUGACCAGGGGAACCCAGCGCGGGCACGCGAGCGUUUGAAAAACAUCGAACGCAUCUGCUGCCUCCUGAGGAAGCUGGUGGUCCCAGAAUACUCUAUCCACGGCCUCUUCUGUCUGAUGUUUCUGUGUGCAGCAGAGUGGGUGACCCUGGGCCUCAACAUCCCCCUCCUCUUCUACCACCUCUGGAGGUACUUCCACCGCCCUGCGGAUGGCUCUGAGGUCAUGUAUGAUGCGGUCUCCAUCAUGAAUGCUGACAUCCUCAACUACUGCCAGAAGGAGUCCUGGUGCAAACUCGCCUUCUACCUGCUCUCCUUCUUCUAUUACCUGUACAGUAUGGUUUAUACGUUGGUGAGUUUCUAAGGGGGAAGCCGGCCAGGGAGCGAGCCCAGAACGGACCGGACGCCUGUGCACCCCCAGCCCUGGCCCUCGGCCGCAGAGGCCUCAGCCCUGGGGAGGGAGGGGGCACUGGUGCCCCCAGCCUCCUCUCCACCCCCCAAACUGCUGCUGCGGGGACCGCCCGCCUUCAGAGCCCCCUCCCCUUGGACCAGGGCUGGGCAGAGCUCUAAAUAGGGGCAGGGGCUCCUCUGCCGGCCUGUGGGCAUGGCAGUCAGUCCUGGAAGGGGUGGGACCUCUGGCCUUGUCCACUUCAGGGGGAACCUGGGCCCUGCCAAGGGGCAGAGCUUGACCCUGGAAAUUCUGGGCCACCCCUCUCUACCCCCACCUUGAGGCUCCCCCUGCAGGUGGGUGGUACCUGCACCUGGAAUGAGCAGGCUCAGCAGGGGGGCAGCCCCACCCCUAGUCUGCCCUCUCCCCUUCCCCAGGCUCCUUCUCCAGACCCCUUCCUGUCCCCACGUGCCCCAGCCCCAGCCUAUUCUGUCUCUUGGACCUAUUUUCUAUGUCGCCUGGAGGAGUCCGGCACCCCCUCCCCGGCCAUUUGUGACAAAACAUGAAUAAACGACUGCAAACACGUGGGCCCCAGUUGUGCUCCUGAAAGGCUUG